AUUUAAAUCAGCUUUACAAUCACCAUGGCACUAUCAUUACACGCGGAAUUCAAUCUCAGCACCUCUCAGUUUCCAGAACCAACACACACGCUUUUUGUUGACGAUGUUCAAGGUGUAUCAUCCCAAUCUGAUAUUGUUGAUUGUGUCAUUAGGCGGGUUGAUGCUCGGGCUUGAAACCACAGCUAUGGCGGUGUUCAUAGGCGAGGAGGAGUUCAAGUUUUACUUUGACUAUCCUUCUCCUCUAUGGCAAGGUAUUAUAGCGGGAUCGUCGCCGGCAGCGGCUUUUGCUGGCUGUUGGCUAGCAGGUGUGUUAUCUGAUGCGUUUGGCCGUGUCUCCACUAUCCAGAUCGCCUCAUUUGCUUGGGUGGUUGGUAGCGUAGUUUCUGUUUUCGUCGUGGAUAUCGGAACCCUUAUCGCUGGAAGAAGUAUCAAGGGCAUCGCCGUUGGUAUUCUUUCUGCAUCUAUUGUAGUCUAUGUCAUGGAGCUUUUGCCGGCAAAUAAACGGGGUCUAGGCACAUCUACACUUCAGUGGUGCUUGACGUGGGGUAUAAUGAUAAUGUUUUACCUCUCAUAUUUGUGCUUGAACCUUGAAGAAGAUGGUUCCUUCAGAGUAGCAUGGGCAGUGGAAGGGUUACCAGGAUUGAUGCUUCUAUUCUUGGGGUUCAUAUUACCUGAGUCCCCGAAGUGGUAUGCCUCGAAGGGGAAAUGGCUGCUAGCGACACAAACAAUGGACAGCUUAAAGCUUGCGUGGUCAACCAAGGAUGAAAUACCGGAUCAGGUCAUACACGCUAACCUGUCUCUGAACAAUUUGAACAACAUCGAAGGCGUGCUUAACCAAUUUGAGAAUCACCUGAAGAAGUGUUCAUACAGAGAUUUAUUGGGUCAUUCUCUAAGGUAUCAUCUCAUAGCUGGAAUAACCACACAGUGCGUCGUUCAGUUGAGUGGUAUAGGUGUCUUGAUGUACUACUUAGUCUUCAUCUGUGAGAUGAUUGGCUUACAAGGUGAUAGUAAGAUUCUUUCAGCCUCUGUCCAGUAUGUGAUCAAUGUGAUAUUCACAAUCAUCCCAAUCUUGUGGCUUGAUAAGAUGAGACGGAAGGAUGUCCUUGUUUAUGGCGCUGUAUCUCUUGGACUGUGUAACUUGGUCAUUGGUGUAAUAAUGGGAUCCUUUGGACAUGCUGUUUUACCCGUGGAUGGUAAUGAGAGCAUUGUAUGGGAGAUCAAAGGCACACCAGGAUCAAUAUGCCUCGCCUUUUGUUUUCUCUUUGUUGCAAUAUUUGCAUCGAGUUUGUCGUGCGCAGCUUGGCUAUAUACCAAUGAGAUCCUACCAUCAAAGGCCAAGGUUAAAGGUUCAGCCAUCUGUAUGAGUUUUUCAUGGUCCCUCAACUUUUUGUUGACUUUCUUAGCACCCUUAUUGUUGAGCACCAUCAAAUGGGGAACGUUUAUACUCUUUGGUGCAUUUUGCAUCUGUGGAGCUCUGUUUAUGGGCUUUUACCUCCCGGAGACGUAUGGCUUAGACGAAACACUGAUUGAGAACGUGUUUGAUACAGCUUACGAGGUUGAAUUCGAAGAUAUUGAGCUAAAAGACCGGACUAAGACACUGGUGAGUGCAACGCCGUCACACCAUGAGACAUCAUCAAAGAAGAGAACGUCACCAGCCAAGCCAUCCCCAACACAUGGAAUUGACUCACCAGUUAAGAGUGACCAUUCAAACGAACCCAAGAGGGCAUCUCCCUCUCUGAGCAACGAACAGAGAACUGGGUACCUUCAGAGCCUUGACGGCCCAUCAAAAGUGCUGAGUGACCCGCAUACUCCGUUGUCUUCACCGCCAAUGACCUCAGCUCUGACUGAGAGGGGGGCACAGGUGCAGGGAUCAACCCCGAGUGGCUAUUACAACUUGGGAUCUGCGAACUCGCUGAUUCUUAACGACUACGAGACCUCUGCUUACUAUAGUUGAAAUGCAUCUUCACUGUUUCAACCGUUGUAGUUGGCGUUUCCCAAUCGGGAAGUCCGGUCAGAGUUGUAUCCUCGGAAAUGAGCCAAUCCCGUCCCGCUGGAUUUGUGUGGAUUCCUGUGGAUUUAACGGGUCUCUGCGCUUUUACCCGUUCCAGUACUUUUGUUCCAACAUUGGAGAUCUAACUACUAUCGCAAUGAGUAAAGCCAACGAGAACAACGAUCUUUUAGACAUCGACAACGUAAGUAGACUCAUCUGGCUUGUUGUUUUGUGCAAUUCCUCCUUUUCAAUGGUGCUGGAGAACUAACAUUGAUGAAGGACAACUGGCUUGAAGAUGACACCAAUCUCUCAACAACGCCAAAGGCGAUGACUGCUCAGG